GGUGGCGGGUUUGGAAAAUGUGCUAGCAACAAAGGAGAAUCUUUAUAGGAGAAAAUGCAGCCCUUCUAACCUAUGCCCUAUUUGCUUUAAGCAAGUGGAGUCAAUGGAGCACAUGUUGUUUGGAUGUACUUGGGUUAGGGCAGUUUGGUUCGGGAGUAAACUUAAUUAUAAAGUAGAUUGGUGCUCCAUUUCUUCGGUAAUCCAUUGGAUAUGUGCGGUCAAGGAAACCAUCAAAAGCAAGCAAGUGCGUUUGGCUAUGGAGGAACGCAUGGUGGCUUUGUCUGUACUAGGCACCACAGAAUGGUCUUCUUCUUUUCAUCCCAAUCCCAACCUUAAGUGGAGUCCUCCUCCACCUGCAGGCAGGUACAAGAUCAAUAGUGAUGUGGUUUUUCUGAAGAGUUCCCGAGGAGCCUCUAUUGCGGCCAUUUUGUGGGACUCACAGGGCAAGAUUUUGGAUGGUUUGACCCGAUCGAUUCUUAUCUCCUCUGUUCUUCAAGGUGAAGCAAUGGCGUGCCGGUUAGCCUGUCAAUUAGCUUCCUCCCGCAAUCCCUCCAAUCUUGAAAUUUCGGGUCAUAAUAAACCAGUGAUUUCCCUAUGUGUGUCCGAAUCGAUUCCUCCUUGGGAGUGCGCUGCGGUUAUUGACGAUGUCCAGAUUUUGGCUCAGCGUGGUGAUUUCUCCUUUUUGUGCAACACCAGAACAGCAAACAAAGCAACUCAUUGGAUGGCACAAUCUCAUCUUCAGAAUCUCCUCCCGUUAGAUUGGGUGUCUAGACCGCUGCCUGGGAUUGCUGCUUAUUUGGCACAUUUGUAGUUUCUUUCUGGUUUUUUGGUCUUAUGAUUUGUUUCCUUGUAUUUUCCUUUGAUCAAAAGAUAAAAUAAAAUAAAUAAAAAAGAGAAUGCUGAGUCUUGUAGUCUUGCAAAA